AUGUCAAGGGAACGGGAAUAUUCAGUAGUACCUUUCCGAGGAGAUACGCCGGAGAAGAAUCCGACGCCGGCGAGAACUGAAGUUCAGUCUCCGAAAAAGGAAGGUGAUUUAGAGGGAUUAGAUGAGAAUAAGCUGAGAAUAAGUGAAAUCUUAGAUGAGAUUCAGGAGAAAGCUUCAUCAUUUUAUGAGUUCUCACUUCAGUGGGAAGAAAUGGAGCAGAAGCUAAAGGAACGAGCCAUUGAAGUAGAACUGAAGGAGAGAUCUUUAAUGGAACAGAUUUUGGAGUUGGAGAAGAAGGAAGAACGGUUAAAGGAGGUUGAAGAAGAAAGGGAGAGGAAGAUUGGGUUGCUUGAAAAGUCGAUUAGAUAA